GUCUUCUAUUUACCAUAAUAUAUAUCUGGUAUAUGAAGACAAAUUGUUAUAUACAUAACAUAAAUGGGAACACACAUUGUGGCAUUGAUACUAAUCUAAUGAUGUAUCCAUUAGAUCGAAAAAAGAAUCAACAAAAUUGUCUUUUAUUUUUCAAGCAUACAAUUUGUUAUUUGGUGAAUCCAUAAAUAUGGUAUCUUUUCUAUCUAUUUAGAUUGGAUUGAUUAAUAAGAAAGAAUGAAUUCAAUCAGGAAUUCCUAAGGAAAUUCAGAUUUAUAUACAAAAAUGAGUAUCAUUACUAUUACUGAUCAAUAAAAAUAUUUAUCAAAAGCGAGGGGAAGAGGAAAGCUUUCAUUUCAUUUUUUUAUGGUAAAAAAUUCAUUUAUACCUGUUAUUUCAGAAGAAAAAAAAGAAGAAAACCCGGGAUCAGUUGAAUUUCAAAUAUUCCAUUUUACCAAUAAGAUACGAAGACUUACUUCGCAUUUUGAAUUGCACCGAAAAGACUAUUUAUCUCAAAGGGGUUUACGUAAAAUUCUGGGAAAACGGCAACGAUUACUGUCUUAUUUGUCAAAAAAAAGUAGAAUACGUUAUAAAAAAUUAAUAAAUCAGUUUGAUAUUCGGGAGUCACAAAUUCGUUAAUUUGAAGAGUCAUUUUCAAUUAUUCGAUUUAUUAGAUCUUGAAUUUUGAUGAAUUUUUUUUUUUUUUUAAAGCGAUUCAUUCUUCUAUGAAUCGAGGAAAAAAAUCUAUGAAUAUCCCAGCUACAAGAAAGGACCUCAUGAUAGUAAAUAUGGGACCUCACCACCCAUCAAUGCAUGGUGUUCUUCGACUUAUUGUUACUCUGGAUGGUGAGGAUGUUAUUGAUUGUGAACCAAUAUUGGGUUAUUUACACAGAGGGAUGGAAAAAAUUGCAGAAAACCGAACAAUUAUACAAUAUCUCCCUUAUGUAACACGUUGGGAUUAUUUAGCUACUAUGUUCACAGAAGCAAUAACUGUAAACGGACCAGAACAGUUGGGAAAUAUUCAAGUACCUAAAAGAGCUAGCUAUAUCCGAGUAAUUAUGUUAGAGUUGAGUCGUAUAGCUUCUCAUCUACUGUGGCUGGGACCUUUUAUGGCAGAUAUUGGUGCACAAACCCCUUUCUUCUAUAUUUUCCGAGAAAGAGAAUUAAUAUAUGAUCUAUUCGAAGCUGCGACAGGUAUGAGAAUGAUGCAUAAUUUUUUUCGUAUCGGAGGGGUAGCGGCUGAUUUACCUCAUGGUUGGAUAGAUAAAUGUUUUGAAUUCUGCGAUUAUUUUUUAACAAAGGUUGUUGAAUAUCAAAGACUUAUUAUGCGAAAUCCUAUUUUUUUAGAACGGGUUGAGGGAGUAGGCGUUGUUGAUGGAGAGGAAGUAAUAAAUUGGGGUUUAUCAGGACCAAUGCUUCGGGCUUCCGGAAUACAAUGGGAUCUACGUAAAGUUGAUAAUUAUGAGUGUUAUGAGGAAUUUGAUUGGGAAGUUCAAUGGCAAAAAGAAGGAGAUUCGUUAGCUCGUUAUUUAGUUCGAAUUGGUGAAAUGACGGAAUCUAUAAAAAUUAUUCAACAGGCUUUGGAAGGAAUUCCCGGCGGACCAUAUGAAAAUUUAGAAAUUCGCUGCUUAGAUAAAGAAACAGAGCCAGAAUGGAAUGAUUUUGAAUAUCGAUUUAUUAGUAAAAAAGCGUCUCCGACUUUUGAAUUGCCGAAACAAGAACUUUAUGUAAGAGUUGAGGCUCCUAAGGGAGAAUUAGGAAUUUUUCUAAUAGGUGAUCAAAAUGGUUUUCCUUGGAGAUGGAAAAUUCGUCCACCGGGUUUUAUCAAUUUGCAAAUUCUUCCUCAAUUAGUUAAAACAAUGAAAUUGGCCGAUAUUAUGACAAUACUAGAAAUACAAGAUAUCCAUUUUUUUUUCAGAUUGGAAUCUUUUAAAGAGGUAUAUGGAAUUCUAUGGGUAUUUGCCCCUAUUUUUAUUCUUGUAUUAGGAAUCACAAUAAGUGUACUAGCAAUUGUAUGGUUAGAAAGAGAAAUAUCCGCAGGGAUACAACAGCGUAUUGGACCUGAAUAUGCUGGUCCUUUUGGAGUUCUUCAAGCUCUAGCAGACGGAACAAAACUACUUUUCAAGGAGAAUCUUAUUCCAUCUAGAGGAGAUAUUAAUUUAUUCAGUAUCGGACCAUUCAUAUCAGUCAUAUCAAUUAUAAUAAGCUAUUCAGUAAUUCCUUUUAAUUAUAACUUUGUUUUAUCUGACCUCAAUAUCGGUGUUUUUUUAUGGAUUGCUAUUUCAAGUAUUGCUCCCAUUGGACUUCUUAUGUCAGGAUAUGGGUCAAAUAAUAAAUAUUCCUUUUUGGGUGGUCUACGAGCUGCUGCUCAAUCGAUUAGUUAUGAAAUACCAUUAACUCUAUGUGUGUUAUCAAUAUCUCUACGAUUAUCUAACAGCUUAAGUACAGUUGAUAUAGUUGAAGCGCAAUCCAAAUAUGGUUUUUGGGGAUGGAAUUUGUGGCGUCAACCUAUGGGUUUCAUCGUUUUUCUAAUUUCUUCUUUAGCAGAAUGUGAAAGAUUACCUUUUGAUUUACCAGAAGCGGAAGAAGAAUUAAUAGCGGGUUAUCAAACCGAAUAUUCGGGUAUCAAAUUUGGCUUAUUUUACAUUGCUUCCUAUUUAAACCUAUUAAUUUCUUCCUUGUUUGUAACAGUUCUUUACUUUGGUGGUCCGAAUAUCUCUAUUCCGUACAUAUUUGUUUCUGAAUUUUUUGAAAUAAAUAAAGCAUAUGGAGUUUUUGUAACAACAAUUGGUAUCUUUAUUACACUAGCUAAAACUUAUUUGUUCUUAUUCGUUUCUAUCACAACAAGAUGGACUUUACCUAGGCUAAGAAUAGAUCAAUUAUUAAAUUUUGGAUGGAAGUUUCUUUUACCCAUUUCUCUCGAAAGAAAAAAAACAAAAAUAAUCAGAGAUAUUCACGAUAUGUUCCUUAUGAUAACUGGAUUUAUGAAUUAUGGUCAACAAACAGUCCGAGCUGCAAGGUACAUUGGUCAAAGUUUCACGAUUACCUUAUCUCACGCAAAUCGUUUACCUGUAACUAUUCAAUAUCCUUAUGAAAAAAUAAUCACAUCGGAACGUUUCCGUGGUCGAAUACAUUUCGAAUUUGAUAAAUGCAUUGCUUGUGAAGUAUGUGUUCGUGUAUGUCCCAUAGAUCUACCCGUUGUUGAUUGGAAACUGGAAACUGAUAUUCGAAAGAAACGAUUGCUUAAUUACAGUAUUGAUUUCGGAAUCUGUAUAUUUUGUGGUAACUGUAUUGAGUAUUGUCCAACAAAUUGUUUAUCAAUGACUGAAGAAUAUGAACUUUCGACUUAUGAUCGUCACGAAUUGAAUUAUAAUCAAAUUGCUUUGGGCCGUUUACCAGUGUCAGUAAUUGAUGAUUAUACAAUUCGAACAAUUCAAAUAAAAUUAAGUUAAUUAUAAUAUAAUUAUAAAAUCUUUUUCUAAAAAUAAAGAUUAUAUAAAUCAAAUCAUAUUCGAUAUAUUUCUAUAUAUAAAUAUAUGUAUUUGAAUAAUAUAUAUGAAUAAUAUAAAUUUGGAUAAUAAGAAA